UAUGUGCCUCUCCCUCCCUCAGCCAAAAGAACAAACAGGGUGACGAUAAAUAGAUGAUGAGAUAAGGAUUUAGAGCCCCACCUUUCAUUUCCCUCUUUUUCUUUCAUCGUUCAGUCACAGAACAAAACCCUUUCAUUGACAAAAUAGCAGAGCUUCAGAGAAACGAGCGCGCACAGCAACCGUUUCUGGGUCACACCCCCAGAACUCAAUUAAUAAGUUUUCCUGGAAAAGGUGAAAAAAGUAAUGAAGCUAAUGUCUAGCUGCUGAAUCUAUUUUCAACUGCUGCACUUAUUAUAAACAUGACACCUGUGAUUCCAAGUUCUGUAUGCAAUGUUUCACUUAUUCCUGGAAGUCCCUUUGUCAUGAGGAAGAAUGAAUGCCUAAAAAGAUGCAAAUUUUUUAGGAACUCUACUGAUAAAAAAUUGCCCCUGCAAAAAUAUAUCUUACCUGUUUCAACAUCAGUUAGAUUAUUUCCCCAGUGUAGAAGUGGAUUUGCUUUAUAUCAUAAAUCAAGAAUCCAUAGAGUAUCAGCCACCGGAACUGAUUUAACUGUAGAAGAAGUAGACUCUCCUGCUACAGAUGAUAAUGGCUCUGAAAUUUCGUCAGAAGUAGUUGAAACAAGUGAAGAAUCAUCUGGUGGAUCAAAUGCCUCUGAUAGACCAACUCAAAGCAAACGUUCGAGACCUGCUAGGAAGAGUGAGAUGCCACCAGUGAAGCCUGAGGAACUGGUUCCUGGUGCAAUGUUUACUGGAAAAGUGAGGUCAAUCCAACCAUUUGGAGCUUUCGUUGAUUUUGGUGCUUUUACUGAUGGCCUUGUACAUGUUUCCAGGUUGAGUGACAGCUUUGUUAAGGAUGUUGGAAAUGUUGUCUCUGUUGGACAAGAGGUAAAGGUGAGAUUAGUAGAAGCGAACAUGGAGACUGGACGUAUCUCUCUAACUAUGCGUGAAAGUGACGACAUUAGCAAGCUGCAGCAAAGGAAUGAUGCUCCUGGCAGUAGCGAUAAAGCAAGACCCUCCAGAAAGGGGCCAAGGUCCAACCAAAAGAGAGAUAACGUAAAGAAAGUCUCAAAGUUUGUCAAGGGACAGGACCUUGAGGGCACAGUAAAAAAUUUAACUAGAUCUGGUUCCUUUAUAACCCUUCCUGAAGGAGAGGAAGGAUUCCUACCUGCUUCAGAGGAAUUGGAUGAAGGAUUUGGAAACAUUAUGGGGGGCUCAUCACUGCAAAUUGGCCAAGAAGUUAGUGUCCGUGUAUUGCAAAUCACACGAGGACAGGUAACCUUGACAAUGAAAAAAGAAGAAGCUGCUGGAGAAUUGGACUCAAAACUCCGCCAGGGGGUUGUCCAUGCAGCAACUAACCCAUUUCUGUUGGCUUUCCGUAAAAAUAAGGACAUUGCUUCUUUUUUGGAUGAGAAAGAGAAAGAGGCAGAACCAGCUGACAACAGUUUGGAAACUGCACCGACAACUGAUCAGAUAGAAGGAAAGGUAAGUCAAACUGAGACUGAGCUUGAAGAAGUGCAGAGCCAACAAGCAAGCAGCAGUGAGGGACUACUAAAUGACCUUUCCGGAGUUGAUGAAAAGGUAGAAGAUAAUCAAACUUCUCUGAAGGAAGUUGAUGGGGAAGCCAGCACAGCAGUAGAUACCUCACAUGAAAUUCCUAUUGACCGUAAGGACUCAGAAAGCAAAGUCUCUGAUUCAUCAGAAGUGAUAGAUGGGCUGGUUCAGGGAAAGGAGGAAGAAACAAAGGUGAGAACUGAAAUACUGGAAGAAAGCGUAUCUACUACAGAUCAGCUAACUGAGGAACCUCCUGCAACUGUAGAAGAUAGUCAAACUUCUCCAAAGGAAGUUGAUGUGGAAGCAAGCACAGCAGUAGAUACCUCACAUGAAAUUCCUAUUGACAAUAAGGACUCAGAAAUCAAAGUCUCUGAUUCAUCAGAAGUGAUAGAUGGGCUGGUUCAGGGAAAAGAGGAAGAAACAAAGGUGAGAACUGAAAUACUGGAAGAAAGCGUAUCUACUACAGAUCAGCUAACUGAGGAACCUCCUGCAACAGUAGAAGAUAGUCAAAUUUCUCCAAAGGAAGUUGAUGUGGAAGCCAGCACAGCAGUAGAUACCUCACAUGAAAUUCCUAUUGAGAAUAAGGAUUCAGAAAGCAAAGUCUCUGAUUCAUUAGAAGUGAUAGAUGGGCUGGUUCAGGGAAAAGAGGAAGAAACAGAGGUGAGAACUGAAAUACUGACUCCUGAAGAAAGCAUAUCUACUUCAGAUCAGCUAACUGCUGCAACUAAUAGGGUGGAAAAUGAGAGAGAGAGUGACUUACCAGGAGAAGCAGAGGGUCAAAUCUCACCAGAAGAUCAGGUUAGUGAAGAACUUACUCAAAUUUCAGACAAUGGUAGCCCAGAAGUUAAAUCUGAUUCAUUACAAAGUUCAGAUAGUGAAACUGAAAUUAUAGUGGAAAAGGUGGAGGUUAGGUCUGAAUUAUUGCCUACUGAAGAGGAGGUGUCUGCUACCGAGGAGAUUCAUACAAAUGAUUUGGAAAAUAGAGAAAAAUUCAAUUUAUCAGGGCAAAUAACUGAUCCAAUCACAUCAGAAAGUACGACUAGCAAAGAAGUUGCAGAAAGUGAAGCUGAUCAGUCCAUUUUAGAAGAUGAAGUACAAAUUCCAAACAUUGAGGCAAAGUAUGAGAUUCUUUCUGAUGUGAUUGUCGAAGAGGAUAAGGUGGGGUCUGACCCUGAGAAAAAUGGCAUGGUUACUAAUUCAAAUGGACAAAGUGGUGCACCCAUGCCAAAGGAAAGCACAACCAAAGCAACCAUAUCACCAGCUCUUGUAAAGCAGCUGCGUGAAGAAACAGGAGCAGGAAUGAUGGACUGCAAGAAAGCUCUCUCAGAAACUGGAGGUGACUUAAUUAAAGCUCAGGAGUUUCUCAGAAAGAAAGGGUUAGCAAGUGCAGACAAGAAAGCCAGCAGAGUCACAGCUGAAGGAAGAAUAGGUUCAUACAUUCACGACAGUAGGAUUGGUGUCCUUAUAGAGGUCAACUGUGAGACAGAUUUUGUGUCUCGAGGUGACAUUUUUAAGGAGUUGGUUGAUGAUCUAGCUAUGCAAGUGGCUGCAUGCCCUCAAGUACAGUAUCUUGUUACAGACGAUGUUCCCAAGGAAAUAGUGGACAAGGAAAGGGAAAUUGAAAUGCAAAAAGAGGAUCUCUUGUCCAAACCGGAGCAGAUUAGAUCCAAAAUUGUUGAUGGGCGGAUUAGAAAGAGACUCGAGGAGUUGGCAUUGCUUGAGCAGCCUUACAUUAAAAAUGAUAAGCUGGUGGUAAAGGAUUGGGUGAAGCAGACUAUUGCAACCAUCGGGGAAAAUAUAAAAGUGAAGAGAUUCUUGCGUUACAACCUUGGAGAAGGCUUGGAAAAGAAAAGCCAGGACUUUGCUGCAGAGGUCGCUGCCCAAACUGCUGCAAAACCUACCCCUUCACCUGUAAAAGAUCAGCCUGCUGCAGCUGAACCCCAGGGAGCUGUUGAUAAACCUCCAAAAGCAGCAAUUUCAGCUGCAUUGGUUAAACAGCUGCGGGAAGAGACUGGAGCUGGCAUGAUGGACUGCAAGAAAGCCCUUUCUGAAACGGGAGGGGACCUCGAGAAGGCUCAAGAGUACCUCAGAAAGAAAGGCCUCUCAACCGCUGACAAAAAAUCCAGCCGGCUUGCUGCUGAAGGCAGGAUUGGAUCUUACAUUCAUGACUCUCGCAUUGGAGUAUUGAUUGAAGUCAACUGUGAAACUGAUUUUGUGGGCAGAAGUGAAAAAUUCAAGGAGUUGGUUGAUGAUCUUGCAAUGCAGGUUGUGGCUUGCCCACGGGUGCAAUACGUGUCCAUCGACAAUGUUCCAGAGAGCAUUGUGAGCAAGGAGAAGGAACUGGAGAUGCAGAGAGAGGACCUUUUGUCCAAACCGGAGAACAUAAGGGAGAAAAUUGUCGAGGGAAGAAUCUCAAAGAGGCUUGGAGAGCUUGCUCUUCUGGAACAGCCCUUCAUUAAGAAUGACAGCCUUUUGGUGAAGGAUUUAGUAAAGCAGACUGUUGCUGCUCUGGGAGAGAACAUUAAAGUCAGAAGGUUCAUCCGAUUUACUAUAGGGGAGACAACUGAAAUUGCAAAAACUGAGGACGAAGCAUGAGAUGAUGCUGAAAAAAGAGAAACAUGAGCAAAUGCAUAGGCAUCGAGGCAGAAGGAACCUUUGUGGUAUGAUUGUCACUUGAAAUUCUGAAAAUGACAAAAUUGUUGAGGUUAAGGUAUUCUUAGAUUAAAACAUAGUCUAUUCUUUUUGGCUGUGAUGGAAGGUAAUGGACUUAUGGGAUUAGUACUGACUAUGUCCCAUGUUACUAAACUAAAGAUACUUUUUUGUCUUUUGCCUUCUGAGAUGAAUGGAGAAGAAUCAUAUCUCUGUUUUAUUCCUUCAA